AUGGCCAUCCACGCCGAGGGGCUCGUGGCUAUCGUGAUCUUUUAUAUGCUGAUCCUGGUCGUGGGCAUAUGGGCCGCCUGGAAGAACAAGAACUCUGGAGUGGGCGAAGGCGGAGAGCGGAGCGAGAGCAUCAUGGUCGGGGGAAGGGACAUCGGAUUGUUCGUCGGUGGAUUCACCAUGACCGCCACUUGGGUGGGUGGGGGCUACAUCAACGGGACAGCGGAGUAUGUCUACCUGCCAGACUACGGCCUGGCCUGGGCACAGGCUCCCUUUGGUUAUGCUCUCAGCCUGGUAGUAGGAGGCCUUUUCUUUGCUAAACCCAUGCGUUCACGUGGCUACGUCACCAUGCUGGAUCCCUUCCAGCAGAUUUAUGGAAAACGCAUGGGGGGCCUGCUCUUCAUCCCCGCACUGAUGGGAGAAAUCUUCUGGUCUGCAGCCAUUUUAUCUGCCCUGGGUGCCACACUGAGCGUGAUCGUGGACAUCAACAUAAAUAUGUCUGUGGUGAUCUCGGCACUGAUUGCUAUCUUCUACACGCUUGUUGGAGGACUCUACUCUGUCGCAUAUACAGAUGUGGUCCAGCUCUUCUGUAUCUUUUUGGGCUUGUGGAUCAGCGUGCCUUUCGCCUUGUCCAAUCCUGCUGUGUCAGACAUCACUGUUUCAGCCAAGGAAGCAAUCUACCAGUCAGCCUGGUUGGGGAAGAUUGAUCCCGAGGACAAAUGGCUCUGGGCCGACAACUUCUGUUUGCUGAUGUUGGGGGGAAUUCCCUGGCAGGUCUAUUUUCAACGGGUUCUUUCUGCCUCUUCAGCUACCUACGCCCAGGUCCUUUCCUUCAUCGCCGCUUUUGGCUGCUUGGUCAUGGCUGUCCCCUCUGUCCUCAUUGGAGCUAUAGGGGCCUCCACUGAUUGGAACCAAACUUCUUACGGUUCCCUCGCUCCGAAGGAUAAAGACGAAUCAGACAUGAUCCUUCCCAUAGUGCUGCAGCACCUGUGCCCAUCCUACGUCUCCUUCUUUGGUCUGGGGGCGGUGUCGGCUGCGGUGAUGUCAUCAGCGGACUCGUCUAUUCUCUCAGCCAGCUCCAUGUUUGCCAGGAACAUCUAUCAGCUCGCCUUCCGGCAGUCGGCCUCAGAUCGUGAAAUUGUUUGGGUCAUGCGCCUCACCAUCUUUGUAUUUGGAGCUCUUGCCACUGCUAUGGCAUUGUUGACGCAAUCGGUAUAUGGCUUGUGGUACCUCAGUUCCGACCUGGUCUAUGUCAUCAUCUUUCCCCAACUUCUCAGUGUGUUAUUUGUCAAGGGCACUAACACCUAUGGCUCUGUGGCCGGCUAUGUCUUUGGAAUGCUGCUGCGUAUUGGUGGAGGGGAGCCCUACCUCAAACUCCCCCCCUUCAUCUUCUACCCUGGCUGGGUUACCCAGACGAAGGUACACCAUCUCACUGGUGACGUUGAGUACUUUGUCCAGCAGAGGUUUCCGUUCAAGACUAUGUCCAUGUCCGCAUCCUUCUUGGCGAAUGUGGGCUUUUCUUACCUGACAAAGUACCUUUUCGAAAGUGGUAUUUGGUCACACAAGUACGACUUCCUGGAUGCUGUAGUGUCCAAGCAUAGCAAGGAGAUCAUGGACAAGGCUACGCUGGUAAGCAACCAUGACAACAUCAUCCUUUCAGAGAUGGCUCCCGUCAAGCAGGCUCUGGGGGCGUCGCUCGCUGGAACCUUCAUCAACACUGAGGUCCUCAGUGAUGACGAGGCAUCCAGUCCCGAGGAUUUUCACAAUGAAAAAUAG